UAAUCUGGAAAACAAACUUAAUUACCGACAAAUGUGAAUAAUUCAAAUAGACCAACCACAAAUCCACCAGAGAUCAACAGGACGGUGAAAACAAGAAAAUUGCGGCCAUGAACAAAGAGGGAGGGAGCUAUUAUCCUAAUAUACAAAUUGCUUAACGCUGCAGCCAGUGACCUAUCAUCCAAGGCUCCAGCCAGUUUCGACGCGAAAUAUUAAUACAUCAUACAUCAUUCUGAAAAGUGAAAAAUGUCCAGCAUUGUGUGUCAGUUCAUAUAUGCAGGUAGUAUUACGGAGGACAUCCCAUGCAUAGUACCUACCGAGUACAUGAUGCAUGUAUCGGGCCUUUUUCAAUGAUAUUCCUUUCUGGGAGUAAGAUUCCGGACUCACUUAACGGGAUUGCCAACUUUAUGAAUCAUAACUACCCAGCUACAGGCAACACGGGAAAACCCGGUAUCGCACUAGAAGCUCCCUGCAGCUUCCUCCAUACUGCGUACAGACUAUUCGUUUCCUCAUUGGCCGUUGUAAACCGACGCUCAAUACAUGGCAGAGUAACGAAGAGUGCGCGUGUCACAGCGGCUCCAUCCUCCGCGAAACUUUAUCAAACCGCUAAUAUUGCCACAAUAGCUACUGCUGCAGAUGCCGGGACGCAUGGGGCCUGAAAAGCGCGACUCAGUGCGCAGGGACUCGACUUCACUCACUUCCUUGUCUGAUGAUCUCCCUGAGCUAAUAACUCCAUCACGAAUCCAGACAUACGUGUCUGGUGACAGUAUUAACCGGUCUCCGACUAUUAACCGGCUUCUGGAGAUAAGACCAUGGCGGCCAGUGCAACCCCGGAGCUCUCGCAACCUUACACUCACGCGGGCCACAAACCUAGAGGCCCUGCUUGUCCAAGCUGUUGGUAGCGAGUCUGGGCCAUGCAACCGUUGCGCGCGGGAGCUAGGUCCAUUUGUUGGUUGCAUGGCUCUGGAGGGAUUCCUCAGCGGAUCGUGCGCAAACUGCCAUUUCAACAGCGCCGGACGCUACUGCUCUCUGCGAAGCGAAGACAGAAUCCCUCGUCGCCGUCCGCCUGUUCGCGCGCGGAACAGUGCAUUGAGCAGCAGUUGUCCCCGUCGCCAGCGCGCGGCGUCCAAUGUCCCGGAAGGGGAAGUCCCUGCCUCUGAAAGCCCUCUAAUCGAUCAUCGACUAGCGCCAAAUCCCUCAUCAACCGCAAAUUCUGCCGGCUCAGCCAGACCUGCUCGUCGCACUGCAACUGAAGCUUUCCGUGAAGAAGACGAAGAACAGGGUCAAGAAGUGAUAGACCGUCGAGCCCGCAGGGCAAGAUUGCUUCAGAUUAUGAAAGUCACCACGCAGAUGCAGGAAGCAAUGACUGAUCUGCUGCGGCUCGUUACAGAGGAGCUUGCGGAGGAAUAAGGGAAAAAGGAGAACAAAAACAAAAAUGGAAUCUUUUCUUCAUUUUUUUUUUUUUUUUUUUUUUCCAUUUGUUGCUUUGUCAAUACAUAAUAUGCGAAGCAAGAUGUGUGGUUUUGAAUAUGGCCAGGAGCGGAAGACUUAGGAGCAGUGCUCCAUUGACCACAUAUGACGGGUCUCUACCGUCUUUGGACAUCUAUGCACGCAUUUUCAAGCAAGAAUAGAUGUCCUUUUCUUGUG